AUGAAGUUCUUCAAGUCGAUCAACAAUGCCGCGGCGGUCGCCGCUGUCAUUACAGCUGCUCCCCCGAAGGAGCUUAACAUCAACCAGCCAUCUUCUAUUCAGAGCGUUGCCAAGACAAUCGCUGCCGGGGCUAUGUCGUACUACCCCGGCACGACAAAGUCGUUCGCUGACCUCCCAAAGCCGUACUAUUGGUGGGAGUGUGGUGCUCUCAUGGGUGCUAUGCUAGACUACUCUCACUACACCGGGGACAAGAGCUAUGACGAGACCAUCGCGACCGCCCUGCUGGCCCAGGUCGGCCCCGAGUUCAACUACAUGCUACCGGCGCACUUCGGCGACGAGGGCAAUGACGAUCUAGGUUUUUGGGGCUUUGCUGUCAUGUCGGCUGCCGAGAGGAACUUUCCGCAACCCGACCCCUCCAUCCCCCCCUGGCUGGAUCUUGGUGCGAACAUCUGGAACUCACUAGCAUCGAGGUGGAACACGACGGCGUGUAGCGGUGGUCUCCUGUGGCAGAUCUUUGCCUCGAACCCCAACGGUCUGGACUACAAGAACACGGUCAGCAACGGCGGCUUCUUCCAGCUCUCGGCGCGGUUGGCGCGGGCUACGGGAAACGACACGUACCUGGAAUGGGCGAACAAGGUGUGGGACUGGACCCAGGGGGUCGGUAUGAUCGACGACAGCUACCACGUCUUUGACGGCGCGAGCUCGAGCGAUAACUGCACCAAGAUCAACCCCGUAUCAUUCUCGUAUAGCGCCAGCAUCUUCAUGUACGGCGCCGCGGUCCUGGCCAACUACACCAACGACACCAAGUGGGUAGACCGCACCACCGGCCUCCUUGAAGGGUCCAAGUGGUUCUUCAGCCCUUUUGAGAAUGCCACCAACAUCAUGUUCGAACACGCCUGCGAGCAGGUCGACAAGUGCAACACGGACAUGCGCAGCUUCAAGGGCUACUUCUCACGCUUCGUCUAUGCGUCGACGCUGUACGUGCCCUCGAUUCUUCCCACCGUCAACGAGCUACUUCACACAUCGGCCGCGGCCGCAGCACAGUCUUGCACGGGCGGUGCCAACGGCACGACGUGUGGCCACAAGUGGUACGUGGGGGGCUUUGAUGGGUCGGUCGGCCUAGGCGAGGAGAUGUGCGCCCUCGAGACAAUCCAGGGACUGCUCGUUGCAGAGUCCACCCCGCCGCUAAAGGGUGACGAGAUCAAGGUAGUGCGCGCCUUUUCGGGAGCUGCGUCCUCGUCGGCGCCCACGUCUACUUCUUCCACAACAUCCACUGCUGCCGCGACGGCCGCCCCGUCGUCCACGCAGUCAUCGUCAGCUGUUAAGCGCUCUCGUCGGCGCAGCCGCUGA